AUGAGGGCAGUUCCAACACUUAAAGCUGAAGUUUUAUAUUCCAUUAUUGACAGAUUUGUACAACAAUUAGAAACUCGCUUUUCUGAGAAAAACCAAGAAUUAUUUAAGAUAUUUCAGAUUUUCGACUAUACAAGCUUAUAUUAUUUCAAUCCAAAGUGUCCAUCUUUAGAGUUCUUCAUAGAUCAUUAUAAAUAUUUUGAAAUUAAUAAAAUAAAAGUCAAAUCAGAAUUUUCAUCUGCUAAAGCUUUGCUUGAACAUAAACAUAUUUUAAGACCGGACUUAGAAAUGAUUGUAGAUGUUCUCAUUGAACUUCCUAGACCCUAG